UUUUUUUCCCCUCAUACUCUCCCCCAUUUUGCUCCAUCACCUCUCUCUCCCUCUCUCGCCGUGUGUUCUCACACGGCAGGCAAUCCACCAUCGUUCUCGUCCUUCAACCAGCCACCUUGACGACGACGAAAACCAGAGUCACCGAUACAUUUCCCGGUAUGAAAAUACCAUGGAAAGUGGUGCCUUACAUCGUUUUAUUCUUGUUUUGUCAUAGCAUUCAUAUAUGUAAUGGUCAAAAGGCUAAUGACUACGAGUUCGGCGCCGGUGGUGGUGGUGGUGGCGGUGGCAGUGGCGGUGGUGACACUCCUGCCGUUGCUGCUCCGCCUCCAGCUCAAGAUACCUGCGACGGGAUCUACAUUGGGUACACGUUCACGUCUCGCGAGAAGGAAUACCCUUUUGUGAAGAACGCUACAGCGCAAGCGUGGGCAUUUAAGUCUCAAUUGAUGGUUUUGAAUGCUGGUGUGGAUGAGCUCAUGGCGUGGAAGGUGUAUGUUGGGUUUCAAUAUGAUGAGAUCUUGGUGUCCGCGGAUGGUGCGGUGGUUAUGGAUGCCGAGGACCUUCCGGCUCGGGUUGGAAAGAACGGGACCACCCUUGCCGGGUACCCGAUGACCGAUUUGAAGACGGCGAUUGAGACUGCCGGGGAUUCUACGCAGAUUCAAACCACGGUGGAGCUGACCGGUACACAAUUCGGACUGAAGAAGGGAACUCCGAUGCCCAAGACUAUUCGGCUUGUCAAUGACGGAUAUAAGUGUCCUAAACCAACUAAACACACAACGACAAUGCACGUAUGCUGCAAAAAAGAUCCAAAAUUCAAGAAGAAGAAGGAAGUGAAAACAAAAUUCUUGCCCCGUCAAUUCGGCGACCUCUCCCUCACCUACGACGUCCUCCAGGUGUUCGAAGGCAACUACCUGGCGCAAGUCACGAUAGACAACUUCCACCCGCUCGGCCGCCUCGACCACUGGAACUUGACAUGGGAAUGGAUGAAAGGAGAAUUCAUUUUUAACAUGAGAGGUGCUUAUACUCGCAAGAAGGACCCAGCCGAGUGUAUUUAUGGACCUCAGGGACAGUACUAUCAAGGCAUGGAUUUCACUCCUGUGAUGAACUGUCAAAGGAGGCCUAUCAUCUCUGAUCUUCCUAGGGAGAAAGUUAAUGAUGAGAAAGUUGGGAAGUUGCCCUUUUGUUGCAAGAAUGGAACUAUCUUGCCCACCACCAUGAAUGAGACCGAGUCCAGGUCCAUCUUUCAGUUGCAGGUAUAUAAACUGCCUCCGGACAUGAACCGAACUGCCCUAACUCCACCGCAGCGAUGGAAGAUCAACGGCAUUCUCAACCCACAAUACAAAUGCGGCCCUCCAAUCAGAAUAGACUCGAGUGAAUUUCCCGACUCGAGUGGCCUCGCCGCCACCAGCUCCGCUGUAGCUAGCUGGCAAGUAACUUGCAACAUAACCCGACCAAAACCAAAACAAGCCCGGUGCUGUGUCUCGUUCUCUGCGUACUACGCCGACGCUGUCAUCCCCUGCAACACCUGCGCUUGUGGCUGUGAUGAUGACACAAAAUGCAACCCUAACGCCCGACCUCUUGCUAUCCCACCCGAGGCUCUGCUUGUUCCCUUUGCCAACCGAACCACAAAAGCGAAAGCUUGGGCGGCAAUUAAACAUCUCCACCUGCCCAAAACGCUGCCCUGUCCGGACAACUGUGGUGUCAGCAUUAACUGGCAUGUGGAUACCGAUUACAAGAGCGGGUGGACUGCCCGAAUGACACUUUUUAACUGGCUGGAGACCCCGUUUGAGGAUUGGUUCGCGGCUAUCCAGAUGAAGAGAGCUUACCGUGGGUACGAAAAUGUAUAUUCUUUCAACGGCACCAAACUGCCCGAGCUCAACAACACAGUGUUUUUCCAAGGAUUGAAGGGUUUGAAUUAUUUGGUUGGAGAGACAAAUGGGACUACUCUGAAUGGCCCGAGAGUACCUGGAAAACAGCAGUCGGUGAUUUCGUUUUUAAAGAAACAUACACCCGGGAUUAACGUGGCACGUGGUGACGGAUUUCCAACUAGAGUAGUAUUUAACGGGGAAGAAUGCGCACUUCCACCAGAGUUUCCUAAGCAAAGUGGGGCACACAGGGCAAACGUUGGCUUCCUGCCUGCUAUUUUUAUCACGAUUAUCACUUUUCUACUCAUUACAAAUCGGUUGGAGUUUUUGGAUUGGUAGCUUUUAUGAGAGAUCAUUUUGUUGAAUGUGUGCUUUUUUUGGGGGGGGUGAAGCGAAAAUGGGGGCAAUGGAGGCAAAUGUUGAAGGAGAACAAAACAAGAGAGAACCAUCAUUGGAAGACUGAUGUUUUUGAAGAGGAAAAUUGUUAAACCAUGUCGAGAGAGACACACACUGCCAUUGAUUGUAUGGGAUUUCUACAUUUACUAUCAGUUAUUUUUAUAUACAAAAAAUGAACAUGAACUUUGUUUCAUGAAUUGCAGA